GCGCAGAUGUCGAUGGGCGCUGUUCCAUCAUAUUUUAUUACUCUACAAUCCCAAACAUCUUCAAUCGCCAACUUCGUUAUACAUACUACCAACGUGAUCACGUCAGCACGCCUAUUGAAUAUAGAUUUCUCAUUUGAUGGAGUUUCCGGUCUUCUACCGUUCAGAUCAUGUCCAGUUGUCAACAUGGAAUCUUCACUCGUCUACCACGAGCCCUACAUCACGACCAUCGUGAUCCUUUGCAGUUUCUUGCUUCUUCUUAAUAUAGUCUAUUAUGCGCUGGACCGUAUUGUUUACUGUGGACUCAUUGGUCAAGUUCUUCUCGGUAUCGCCCGGGGCACGCCUGAUUUCAAUGGCUAGAGAGAGACCUUGAGAAUGCUGCUAUGCAGCUUGGCUACAAUGGGCACUUGUUGAUUGUCUAUGAAGGUGGAGAGUUUGUUAAUAGGGUUCGCGGAUAUCGCUGACUCGAUUCAGGAGGGCUUGCAACCUCAUUCAAAUCUUUGAAAGCCAAUUUAUUCUUGUCAGUGG